GGUGGUUUCGCUGACAGCUUGCUGGGUAUUCGUGUUAGUUGUUGGAGUGCCGAGGUCUGGGAGAGUUCGGAGCGGGAGAUAGAGGAGACAGCUGCAGCUUUCCAGGGACAGACACCGCGGGAAGCAGAAUGGAGAUGAUAGAUGUAGUGGACCGACCUAUGAAGGUCACCGAAUGGCAGAAGACAUACACCUACGACUCUGGAAUUAACUCUGGAAUCAACACGUCCGCUCCGUCCCUCAAUGGCAAGACUCUGAUGAUGGAAGACGACGGCUUGGGAUACAGCAACCAGUACACAACUGUGAAAACCACAACGUACACACAGCAGCCUGCGGCUAGCAUGUCGGUUACAGGUAUGGAGUCCCAGCUGGCCAUGACCAGAGCCCAGCGUGUACGCGCGGCCAUGUAUCCAGAGACUGUCGAGGACCAGUCCUACCUCCUGACCACCCAGAUUGAUGGCCAGCAAACCAAUGUUCAGAAGUUGGCAGAACCUUCACAGAUGCUGAAAUCCGCCAUCAUACACCUCAUCAAUUACCAGGAUGAUGCUGAGCUGGCCACAAGAGCAAUUCCUGAGCUGACCAAGCUCCUCAAUGAUGAAGACCCGAUGGUGGUGAACAAGGCCUCUAUGAUAGUCAACCAGUUGUCCAAGAAGGAAGCUUCCCGUCGAGCCCUGAUGCAAUCCCCGCAGAUCGUGGCAGCCGUGGUACGCACCAUGCAGAACACCAGUGACAUGGAGACAGCCCGCUGCACCACUAGCAUCCUGCACAACCUGUCUCACCACCGCGAGGGCCUUCUGUCCAUCUUCAAAUCUGGCGGCAUCCCUGCUCUGGUUCGCAUGCUCAGUUCCCCAGUAGAAUCUGUUCUCUUCUAUGCCAUCACCACAUUGCACAACCUGCUUCUGUACCAGGAGGGAGCAAAGAUGGCCGUACGUCUGGCAGAUGGUCUUCAGAAGAUGGUGCCCUUGCUCAACAAGAAUAAUCCUAAAUUCCUUGCCAUCACCACAGACUGCCUGCAGCUCCUGGCCUAUGGCAACCAGGAGAGCAAGCUGAUCAUUCUGGCCAAUGGAGGCCCCCAAGGCCUGGUGCAAAUCAUGAGGAACUACAACUAUGAGAAACUUCUGUGGACCACGAGCCGUGUGCUGAAGGUGCUGUCUGUCUGCCACAACAACAAGCCAGCCAUCGUGGAAGCCGGUGGAAUGCAGGCGUUGGGGAAGCAUCUGACCAGUACUAGCCCGAGACUUGUGCAGAACUGCUUGUGGACCUUAAGAAACCUUUCAGAUGUGGCCACCAAGCAGGAGGGUCUGGACAAUGUUCUGAAGAUCCUUGUGAACCAGCUGAGCUCAGAUGAUGUAAAUGUCCUCACCUGUGCCACCGGGACCCUGUCCAACCUGACUUGCAACAAUAGCCGCAACAAGACUCUGGUGACCCAGAACAAUGGCGUUGAGGCCCUGAUCCACACUAUUCUGAGAGCGAGCGACAAGGACGACAUUGCUGAGCCGGCGGUCUGUGCCCUGCGCCACCUCACCAGCCGCCACCCAGACGCAGAAGUGGCCCAGAACUCCGUGAGACUGCAUUACGGCAUUCCGGCAAUCGUCAAACUGCUCAACCAGCCAUACCAGUGGCCACUGGUCAAGGCUACCAUUGGCUUGAUCCGGAACCUCGCUCUGUGUCCAGCCAACCAUGCCCCGCUCCACGAAGCUGGUGUGAUUCCUCGGCUCGUCCAGCUGCUUGUUAAAGCUCACCAGGAUGCCCAGAGGCACACAUCUGGAUCACAGCAGCCAUACACGGAUGGUGUAAAGAUGGAGGAGAUAGUUGAAGGCUGCACUGGAGCCCUUCACAUUCUUGCCCGAGAGCCGAUGAACCGGAUGGACAUAUACAAACUCAACACCAUUCCUCUGUUUGUGCAACUCCUGUAUUCCCCUGUGGAGAACAUUCAGCGAGUGGCCGCCGGGGUCCUCUGUGAGCUCGCUCAGGACAAAGAAGCAGCUGAUACUAUUGAUGCGGAGGGAGCGUCUGCCCCACUCAUGGAGCUGCUGCACUCCCCCAACGAGGGCACAGCCACCUAUGCAGCUGCUGUGCUGUUCCGCAUAUCGGAGGACAAGAACCCGGAUUACAGAAAGCGCGUCUCCGUGGAACUGACCAAUGCCAUCUUCCGCCAGGAUCCGGCAGCCUGGGAAGCGGCCCAGAACAUGAUGACUCUCAAUGACCCUUAUGUGGAAGACAUGGAUCCUUAUCGUCAGAUGUACCCAGAAGACAUGCACAUGGAUCCAAUGGGAGCAGACAUGGAUGGCGAUUACCCCGUUGAUGCUUACAGUGAGCACGGAGGGAGAAUUCCAUACACUGACAAUGUGAUGAUGUGAAAAUUGCACAAGUUCUUUACUGUGGAAGAGAAGAGUAUGAUCCAAGACUGAAGUGCCUACAAUGAAACAUGCUCCUGACCCCGCUUCUCCCCUUUCCAAAGCUUUUAUUUGAUAGACGUUUUGCACGGGGUGGGCUUUCUAAUUGCCCUUCAGCACAUGGGGCUCCUGCUUUUUUUUUUAGAAUGCUGCUUAUUAACCUCCGUGUGGCCUGGAGGUUAAUAAACUGCUUUUCUCUAGUACUUUAAAUGUUUUUGUGUUGAACUAAUGCCGCCUUUUUCUAUAGAUUAUAAAUAUAUAAAUAUAUUUCAUUUUUUUUUUUUUUUUUUUAAAGAACUUUUUAAAAAUGGUGCAAAACGCUUUAGUCUCUGCGGUUUUUAUCUUUUGUUUUAUGCUGUCGCACUACGGAAAUAUUAAGAGUCUGGCGGGUUUUUUUUGUUUGCUACCCAAAUCUCCGAUGCCUCGAUAUGUAACUGGAAAGAAAACACAAACCCUGUCACGGUAUCAUUCUAGACGAUCACUGCUUUGUACGUGUAGUGAUUGUCUACGGAGCACAUUCGGUUUAGUGGCAACCAUUUUUAUGAAUAAUGCCUAUUCUGUUUUGUUGCUGACCUCAUAGUCACUUCCUGUCUUACUCCACGCCGGACAGGAAGUGAACACAAAUGCUUGGGGAAUGGCUUUUUUUUGUCUGUAAAUUCACAGGGUUCCAAUCUAGUCUUUCGUAGGCCUGAUCCCUAAUUUUCUGGGAUCUCCCUGACUUCACAUGGUGUUUUUUUUUUUUGUUUUAUUUUGUGUGUUUUUUAUUCACACUAAACAUAUCCUUUAAAAUAAGGUAUGUGUUUUUAUUACAAUAAUUUCACUUUGUGAUGAGGUCACCUGUAACAGGAGAGCGGCGCGUGCGCAAACAUGCAGAAGAGCGCAUUAACGGGGAAAUGGUAACCACUGAACCGCAACAAUUUGUCUCGUUUUGUUAUCGUUCCUUGUUUAUACAGUAUUCUUAAAUAUAAAAGUUCAGCAUUUAAAAAAAAAAUGUUAAUGUUGGCCUUGGAUUUAUACAAAUUUUAGUUUUCUGUACUUCCCCUAAAAUUAUUUUUUUUGUCAUAUACAUGUAAGUGACAGAAAAAUAUCUGAAAUUCCGUCUCUGGCCAAAUUUUAUAUAUAUAUUUUAUUUUUUGCCUUCGGAGGACUACUACUGAGUAGGAGCAGGACACAAUUUUUGUUUUUCUUUGUAGAUUUUAUUGGAAACUUUUUUUCCUCUGGUGCAGGCCUUUGGUGAGCUUCAGCUUGGCCCAAGUAAGGCAUGGUCUGUUGCACAUUAUUACGAUAUAAAAUUUAUACAAAAAAUGUUAACCUUCUUAUGCUUACAUAUUUGGAUGUGUAAAUACUUUUUUUUUUUUUCCUUAGUAAAAAUGGUCUGUUUGGCAAUAAAUCCGAUCAGCUGCUUUGGGUUUUUUUUUUCUUCUUCCUUUGAAAUAUUGCUUUUUAAGAUUUUAUUCAUUUUUAAUUUCCAGCUGCAAUGAAUGGGACAUGGAGAAAAAAAAAUGGCUUCCCUUUCUACUCUAUUUUUUUUUGUAUAGACUCAAAGCAGCCAAUAAUAAAAAUGUUUAAGAAAACAA